GCGCGCACUAUAAAGCGGGACGCGAGGACACCCGCGCACGCUUUGGAGACAGUGAGGGCUGGGUGUGUCUUCAAGCUGAGGGACCACCCACUGCCACCCCUCUCGGUGGCUCCUCCAGGAGCGAAACAGCCCCGCUGUCCCUGUCCUUGCUCCUGCAGCAGCGCCCCCCCUGGCUCCCCGCUGCUCCGUCAUGUCCGAGCGAGCACUGGCGCCCACCCAGCCGGGGCGGGGGGAUCGGUACUACACGUACACCGAGCUCCUGGCCAUCUCGCGCCGCUUCAAGCAGAACCCCAAUGAGCUCAUGAUCACCUGGAUCCUGCGGGUGUAUGACCAGGGGGGCUCGGCCCUGUCCCUGAAUUCUGGAGAGCUGGCGCUGCUGGGGGACCUGACCGGCGAUGCCAUCUUUAACUACCACUGCAAGGCGCUGCGGGGUGGCUGCCGGACGCUGCUUGCCUGGCUGCUGCGGGCCUGGCGCCAGCGCUGGGAAUCCUUCCUACACUUUGAGGCCACCGAGCUGCCCUUCCGCCCCUGGACCACCAUGGAGGAGGGCAUCCAGCUGGUGCGCGAGCUGGGCAUGCUCGACUGGAUCUACCGCGAGCCGCCAGCGCCGCCCGCACCGGAGCAGGAGCCCGCGCCCGAGGACGUGCCCUUCACGCAGGGCCUGCAGCGGCGCCUGCUGACGGCCGCGCCCUCCGAGCUGCGGCUCUCGCUGGUCAGCCUGCUGGUCAAGGGCAUGACGGUGCUGGAGGCGGUGAUGGAGAUCCAGACCAUAGCCGACGUGGGCCUGCUUUGGCGCCAGAGCCAGCCGGGCCGCGCCAAGCUCAUGCUGGGGCCCAACCCGACACGCAAGGACCUCGCAGGCUGGCUGCUGAGCCACGGCGUCCCCAAGGAGAGGGUGGACAAGCAGCCCACCAAGGUGCUGCUGGAGCUCUACAUCAAGGAGGCCAAGCGCAGCCGGGGCCACCCUGCCUACCUGCUGGGUGACGAGCAGCCCCCGCCUCCCCCCUACUCAGACCAGGCCUGUGGGGAGGAGCCACCCGCACCCGUGCGCCAUGACUAGGCGGGGCACUGUCUUCCCGCCUUCCUGCUGCUGCUACUCCGCGGGGGCGGGGGGAAUGCUGGAUUCCAGGGGAGAUGAGUCAGUGCCUCCCGAGCACCCCCAGGGUGGACUGAGGGGUGGUCCAUCUGCUGGUCUCCAGACUCCUGGGGCUCUUGACAGAGGUGCCCUUACCCACGGCCGCCCAACCAGUGUCACCAGCCAGAGUGAUGGUGGGAAGCAAGCCACCGGCUGGUAGCCCAUGGGUGCCUGUGCCCCCUUCCCCAGGGGCACAACCUGUUACAUUUCAGCCUGUUACACUUCAGGCCCAUUGGCACCCGCUCUGCCACACGGGCCCCCAAAGCACUACAGGCCAAGUGGGGUCUCCCCACAGCCAGUAACUUGAAGGCACCUUGAAGUUUGUACCCUUUUUCUUAAGCUAUUUUUAAAUGCACUGUUUUUACCUAAUAAUUUAAGCAUAUACAAUACUUUG